CAUCAUUAUCGAACAAAUUAAAACUGUUCAAUUUUUGCCACAAACUUUCCCUUAAGCUGUUCGUUUUCUUCUUCUGCUUCUUUUAUCCUUCAGCUCGCUUCGAUUGUUAAAACUGCAAUAUCAGUCAUUCAACUCUUGAAUGCCUCAGAAACAAACCAGAAGAAGCAAUCCACAACCUGUCAAGUAUUUCUACUUGUUUUUGAGGUACUUGUGGCCAUAAUAGAUUAGAUAUCAGAGGGAUCGAGAGAUGGCUGUGGCUGCUUAUGCAUCGUCGGUAUCUCUUACUCAUGUCCUCGAUAAUGUUCAUUACCGUGCUAAGUUUUGUCACUUUAAUGUCGAUGUAAAGCGAAUUGAAUCAAUCCAGGAAGGUAUCAAGUCCCUGUUAGAGUUUGUUGAGUUGAACCAUAAAAGAAAAGGUCAGAAGAUUGAAGAUCUUUGGAGGAAAAUAUCAAAAAUUAAUUUGGAGGUCGAAGAAUUUUUUGACUUAUAUGUUGUGAGUCAACUUCAAAAGGUAUCUAAGGGAAAACGUAGUGAUAGGCGCAUGAGAGCAUUUGAUAAGGAUUUGGACACUAUGAUCAAAAAGAUUGACUACAUCAAGAAAGAGCUGUUGAUGGUUGAAGUGGUAGUGGAGGAGAUCAUGGAAGGAAAACAAUCCAAAGCUUCCGUUCCUUCUGUCCAUUCUUCAAAAGCUGCAUCAUCUAUUGCAAAGAAGAAUAUUGUAGGACUUGACGAACAUGUGGUCAAUAUUAAGGGUGAGCUAGCUAGAUAUGAUGACAAUCUCCAAAUCAUCCCAAUCGUCGGUAUGGCAGGUAUUGGAAAGACUACUCUUGCUAAAGUUGUUUAUGAUGAUAAAUAUGUUGUUGAACGCUUUGAUAUGCGCAUUUGGCUUACAAUUUCUCAAGAGUAUAGUGUCAAUGAAAUCCUUCUCGGUCUAAUCAAUGACGGAAUAGUUGAAAGACAUAGUGGAUAUUUUGAUGGUCCUGGAGAAGUGUUGCAUAAGAAACUAUAUGGCAGAAGAUACUUGAUUGUAAUGGAUGACAUAUGGACUCUUCAAGCCUGGUAUGAUUUAAGGAGAUUCUUUCCGGAUAAUGUGAAUGGAAGUCGGAUUAUCAUAACCACUAGACUGUCACAUGUUGCUGCUUCUUUAAGCUCUCACGACCCUUACUCAAUGACAUUUCUUGAUAAGAAUACAAGUUGGAAUUUAUUUUGUAAAGUCGUCUUUGGAGAAGAAACUUGUUCACAUCCAGAACUGGAGAAAAUUGGAAGGGCAAUCGUGAGAAAUUGCAGAGGACUUCCUCUACAAAUUACUGUUAUAGGUGGAUUACUUGCAAAGUCUAGCUUCGAGAAAGAUUUUUGGAAAUCAGUAGCUGAAAAUGUGAGUUCCUUUGGUAAUUCAAGUGAUGGCGACCAUUGUUUAAACAUAUUACUUUUGAGUUAUGAUAAUCUUCCUAUACAUCUCAAACCAUGUUUCCUCUAUAUGAGAAACUUUCGUGAAGAUGCUGAAAUUGAUGUCACCCAUCUAAUUAGAUUGUGGGUUGACGAGGGUUUCAUAAAGAUUAACGGAGAUAAAAUUUUGGAAGAACUUGGUGAGGAAUACUUGAAAGAUCUUGUUAACAGAAAUCUAAUUUUUGUUCGUGAGCACACAUCCUGCAAGGAAGAAAUGCUAACAUGCGGCAUCCAUGAUCUUUUGCGAGACCUAUGCAUUAGCAUAUCUAAAAAAGAAAAUUACUUGUGUUCUCCAAGAGUGCAAGUCGUCAAAGCAGAAUAUAGGAGGUGUUUUCAAUGCGGAAGUUUUAUAAGAGCUGAUGAAAGAAUAGAUGAUUCUGUAUUUGUUUUUCCAUCAACUUCACAUGGUAAUCCUCCUUUUUGUGGCAGCUGUAGAAGGACUUAUUCACAUAUCAAGGACCUAAGAUUGGUUAAGGUUGUGCAUAACAAAGUUAGUGGUUGCGAUUCACUUGUACAACACACAAAAUUACGCAGUGUCUGUAUUUUAAUGUUUGAACCUCCAAAGUUCAUAUCUCCUUCAACACUAAUUUUGCUAUGGAACCUUCAGAGUUUGUUAUUUACGGAGUCACGUGUGGUAAUUUUACCGCCUGAAAUCUGGAUGCUACCACAACUUAGAGUUAUUGAAUGCAAAUGUGUGGUGUUUCCUAAGCCUCCUGUUGUUCAUGGGGAAGAGACAAAAUUGUUUAUGCUGAAGAACCUGCAGAGCCUUACCGUUGCAAAAAAUUUUGUGCUCACUGAACUGAUUCUUGAUGGAAUCCCCAAUUUGAAGCAACUAGAAAUAGAGUAUGAAAAGCAUAUGGGACGAUUGGAUACUUCUUUGUGUAAUGUAGCCAGAUUACAAAAACUUGAAGUACUACACGUUGCUGAUACCUUACAGAACAUUGGCUUUCCAAGUUCACUGAAAGAGCUGGUUCUGAAGAGAUGCGCCAUUCCUUGGAGUUGUAUGUCAAUAGUUGGUUCACUACCCAAUCUCGAAACUCUCUACUUGUGGCUUACCGCAAAAGGCUCUGAGUGGGAUCCAACUGAAGGGGAAUUUCUUCGACUAAAAGUUUUGGCGAUUUGGGGUAGUGAUUUAGCACAAUGGAGAGCUGAUCAACACCACUAUCCUGCACUUGAAAUUCUUAUAUUGUUCAGCUUACGUUCUUUGGAAGAAAUCCCUUCAGGUAUUGGAGAUAUACCAGCCCUGCGCGAAAUUCAUUUGAGAAAUUGCAGUAAGUCUGCUAUGGAUUCGGCAUACCGUAUAUUAGAGGAACAACAGAGUGUGGGAAAUGAUUUCCUCAAGAUUAACGUCUAUGGUGAUUCUAAAGAUGAAGACACAGAUGAAGACGACGAACCUCAAGUUGAAGAUGAAACUGAUGAGUGAGUCUGAUGGUCCUAAGGAUGGAAGAAGAAGAUGAUGAUCAUGGGUUUACUUUCGGAAAUAAGAAUUGAAGUCAUAAUGGAUGAUUACCAAAACUUAUUCAGCUUUCAGAGGUUUAGUAAGGAUGAGAAAUGUUGUUUCUUGCUUUGUAUCAUUGGCAAUGUAUUAUUAAUAAUAGUGACAAAUUGCUUGAUUUACUUUGGUUGUUUUUAGUUUGUUUCUGCCUAAACAAAAGACAUUAUUGUUAUGUGUGUGGGAUGAUAUAUUUAAAGUCUAUGUUGGCUUCUUCGCCGUU